UGUUGGGGAGAAGGAAAACAUAUAAAAGGGGAGAGAGCAAGAGAGGGAGCAAGUGGAAGAAACACAAGGAGAAAGGAGCUCCCUCGCUUUUUGGUAGAGAGCACACGUUUUCAGCGAGCAACAGAGGGCACAAUGGCUGCCAGCAGAGACUAUCCUUUUCCCCUGCUGAUCGUCUGCCUGCUUUUCGUCAGAGGUUACUCUCCCCUGCCUACGACAUCACUAGAGACAGGGACGAAUCCCAUGAGACCCAUGGGCCCAAGUGGGUUUUUGACCGAGGCCCUGGUGCUUUCCACAGAAGAUUACGAUCAGCUUGAGGACCCAGUCACCCCUAUUGUCCCCAAGGUAGUGUCUCCACAUGGAGGGAUUCCUCAACGAUGCAACUACAAUCCCUGCCUGGAGAAUCAGGUUUCCUGUACCCUGAUGGCAGCCUCCACUGGCUGCCUGUGUCCAGGGUCCACGUUACACAAUAGGGUCCCAGAUGCUCCCGACUUGAAAUCAGUGUCCUGGAACGGGUCUGAGGUUGUAAUUCAGUGGUGUGCACCUUACUCAUAUGUCACAGCUUAUGUUGUUAAAGUAGGGGGGCAAGAGAGGCAGCAGUUUGGAAAUCACCAAAGGAGCGGCGCUGUGGGUGACAUAGACCACAUUACAGAGGUUUGUGUGUUUGCGGAGAAUGACAGCGGAACCAGCGAUGGGUCAUGUAUGAUGUACAGUCCCAGAGACAACAGCCUGCCCCUGAAAGCAGGGCUCAUCGGGGGGGCUCUGGGCUUCCUGCUGCUCCUCUUGUUGGCCGUCUUGCUCUGGAGGCACCGGAGGCAAAGGAAACAGGAGGCCAGCAUCUCUAUGCAUGACACAGCUGAGACACAGUGAACAAAAAAUAGAGCAAGACUGGACACUCAGUGAGAUAAGACUUGGUCCCAUGAGACGUCUCAGCGUCACUGCAAUUAAUUAACUUUAAUUUCAUUAUAACGUCUGUGGUUUUCUGCACAAAAAGGCUUUCUGAAAGCGAAGGAGGAAACAGGUUUCAUCAUCUCACAUAAAUAGUCUGUAUCUGACUGGUCAUGUUCAGUGCUACAAAUAGAGUCUAUUUUGCAAAUCCCGUGGUAGUGCUUUGAAAACCAGCUGCAGAAAAAAUAUAUUGCAUUCAGCCGCUAUGUCUUUUGAAAAAUAUACCCAGGAGACAAACAAUAAGAAUGCCGCAAAACAGAGAAUGGUGAAUAAUGUGGUCAUAUUUUUCCAUUUCAAAAAUUAGCUGCUUGGUGGACAACUCUGAAAAGAUCAGGAGUCAGGAUUUUAAGGACCAUCCCAGCAUGUAGUCUCUGCCCAGAACUGCUUUUACUGCGGCUCUCCCAGACAUCGGUUAUCCAUGAGCUGAGAAAGCCGUCUUGUUUUCAGUUUCGUCAGUGCAUUCUUCCUGUAAUCCAGACAGUUUUUAGCUUGGGAAUUAGUAGAAUUUUCUCACUCAUGAUCCUUAGGGUUGUUUUUUUUUUCCUCCUGGUUUUCUUUGAACAUCUGACUAAAAAUGAAUUGAUCAAAAUCAGACACAGCCACUGAUACUAAUCAGAAAUGUAUGAAACAGUGAGACUUUUAAAUAUUUUAACAGUUGAAGCACAAUGACAGUAACAAGAGAUUUAUGCCAGAGACGACAGCUGGGUACAAAAAUGAUGGGGUAUUGUCUGUGGUCAAGUUGGAAUUAUUUAUUUAUGGCUAUGUAGCAGUUAUUGACACAUUAAAACAUACUGUAUAUAUGAAUCUACAGUUAAAAAAUACACACACACACACAUAUAUAUAUAUAUAUGUAUGUUAUGUUGGUAUGACGUUCCUCAGGUUAUGUAUUUAAUUAAAGAGUGAGAGGAUUGAUUGUGGUUUGACGGACUAAAAGUGAAUGACGAGCUGUGUUAUGUACUGUAUUUAUGAUCAUAUUUUGGUUCAUUGCUAUUUCUGGAUCUACUGUACAUGUUUUUGUUUAAAGGUUUGACUGUUUAAAUCCAGUAAAACAUUGCCUCAAUGGCCACUGGA